AUGGACACCGAUGAUAUCGAUAAUAUGCUCAUUCGUCAACUGUCCUGUUUGGGAACCAGCGAUAAGGAGGUGUUAGUAAAGCAGUUUCAAAGCAUUCUUGGAGAUGUUUCGCUUUCACCGGAACUAUGUGCAUUUUUUCUGGAUAUGUCGAAUUGGAAUCUCCAAGAUGCUGUAGGUGCUUAUUACGAUCAUGGUCACUCUAAUAAUGUUAAUGAAAUUGGCGUUGACUUGCCUUUACUCAACAUGCAACUUGUAAGAGACGUCACCAUAGGGGAGGGUGAAUCUGUUCCCCCGAAAACGCGCUUUGUAAAAUCUUGGCGGGUCAGAAAUACUGGCGGAGUCCAUUGGCCUCAGGGAACCGCUCUGUGUUUUGUUGAUGGUACCCCUCUUUCAUGUGAGCGAAGAGUACCAGUUGCUUGUCUCGGUCCAGGGGGCGAGGCAGAAUUGAAUGUGGAGAUGAUCAGCCCAUCAACUCCGGGAAUUUAUCAAAGUCGUUGGCAGCUAAACACUCCUCAAAGUGUCCCGUUUGGUGAGCCCAUCUGGUGUAUAAUUGCUGUGGAUAGUGACGGAAUUUUGGAUAUCACUCAGCAGCUAGCUAGUGCCCCCCUUGGACGUGCAAAUUCACCUUCUGGAUACAAUCCAUUUCAAACUUCCUCACCCAUCCAUACGAUGGCUGAUGAUUUCAUGGACAUGAAUGUCAACGACAGGAUUGCUAUGCGUCUCGCUCAUUACGACUGCUCCAGCCCGGUUACCAUUCCCCAUGGUGACGGCACUGAUAACCCCCCAUGCACACCAUGUACGCCUCCCCAUGAAGAUCGUGAAUAG